GGCAAGCAGAAUGAAUGUACCCUGCGGGGCUUGUAGAGCGCAGCGCAAGAAAUGCUCAGAGGGAUGUCUUUUGGCUCCACAUUUUCCUCCCGAUGAUCCAGUUAAAUUUGCCAUUGUCCACAAAGUUUUUGGAACCAGAAAUAUCAUCAAAUUGCUUCAACUGGUGGAAGCUGACCAAAGAGGAGAUACAGUAAGUAGCAUGCUGUAUGAAGCGAGUGCAAGGCUGAACGAUCCCAUUUAUGGCUGCACAGCUGAAGUCUAUCAACUGCAGAAGGAAAUUGCUCAGCUGGAAUCCCAAUUGGUAACCACAAUGUUAGAGCUAAACCAAAUGCGGUCUGAGUAUGGUAAGCUUGUAUUUCUCCUGGGCACUGGCUCUCUUGAUGGUCAACUUGUAUAUCCAACAGAUGCCAUAUCACCACCAGGAGAAUAUAUCAUGUAUGAGGAAGUGGAUCCCUUGCUUUCAUGGGGUCCGCUAUGGGAACUAUAGAAUUGUCAGAAUCAAUUGAUUAAGGUGCACUUUGAAUACAAUGCAAACUCUAGUAUAUAUUCCUUACUACUUGAUAGAUUAUAUAAUCUAU